AUCUUUCUCUCUCUGAAACAUUCAUGGCAAAAGAAUCAUGAUCGCCACUCCAUCUCAAAACCCAUAUAUCUGUUUCUCUGUCCUUCUUUCUCAGAAACCAAGUUUGAAACUUUUUUGAGAAGCUCUAGCCAUGGUGAAGAUUAAAAUCUAAAGAAACUGCAGUUUCUCCCUGAUUUCUUCUUCAUUACUCAAAGCUCUUCCCCUCACAAUUCCAUAUAGGAGAUGGGGUACUAGAAAUAUUGCUUUUGAAGGGGUGCCCUUAAGUAACAGCUGUGAAGGCCGUUUCUACCCUUUUGCUUUAGUAGUCAAGCCUUCAAAACAAAGCUUGUGCACAACAUCGGAUCUCAGACACAGCCGUAUGGUUUCUGUUAUAUAAAGAGCUAGAUGGGAUAUGAAUACUCGGUUGCUAUAUAGAGUUGAUGAUUUUGUUCAAGAUUUCAAGGACUUGAGACAAAGAAGAUAGGCAUCUGCUUCUGGAAGAAGAAUAAAGCUUGGAGCAAUGAAUAAAAGUAAUUUGGGUUCCAUCAGCAGCUCUGAUCUCAUCGAUGCGAAGCUCGAAGAACAUCAGCUUUGUGGAUCCAAGCAGUGCCCUGGUUGUGGACACAGGCUUGAAGGAAAGCCGGACUGGUUUGGUCUACCUGCUGGGGUGAAAUUUGAUCCUACAGACCAAGAACUGAUAGAACACCUUGAAGCUAAGGUUGAAGCAAAAGAUGCGAAGUCACAUCCUCUGAUUGAUGAAUUCAUCCCUACCAUUGAAGGAGAAGAUGGGAUUUGUUAUACCCAUCCUGAGAAACUUCCAGGAGUAACAAGAGAUGGCUUGAGCAGACAUUUCUUCCACAGACCAUCAAAGGCUUACACCACUGGAACAAGAAAGAGAAGGAAAAUUCAAACAGAAUGUGACUUGCAAGGUGGAGAAACAAGAUGGCACAAAACCGGUAAGACAAGGCCGGUGCUGGUGAAUGGAAAACAGAAAGGAUGCAAAAAAAUCCUUGUCUUGUAUACCAACUUUGGAAAAAAUCGAAAACCCGAAAAGACGAACUGGGUCAUGCACCAAUAUCACCUUGGCCAGCAUGAAGAGGAGAAAGAAGGUGAGCUAGUGGUGUCCAAGAUAUUCUACCAGACACAGCCAAGGCAGUGCAAUUGGUCUGAUAGGACCGCAACAACUGUGGAAGGAAGUAGUGAUCCUAAUAGCAGAAGAGAUGGUGGGAGUGGAAGUUGUUCCUCUAAGGAAGCAAUACCACAUCCAGAAGAUCAAGGAGCUGCUGGAAUUGCUGCUGCCUUAGCGAGUUACGGUGCCAUAGAUAUUCAACAGUUGAAAUCUGACCAUUUCAGCUUUACCCCGUAUGGGAAAAGCUUCCAUGAGGUGGCUAUAGCAGAAGCUUCAACAGUAAGGGAAGCUCCAGGACAAGGAACAUGCGAGGAGAUACACGAGCAUCCGCAGACACAUCACAUGGCCCAUGAUCCUCAUCAGCGCCAACAGCAACAACACCAUGUACAUACACAUCAUCAGAAUAUUGCCACUGCAGCAUUCCACAUCAGCAGGCCUUCACAUCCCAUCUCUACCAUCAUCUCUCCACCUCCCCUCCACCACACUUCUAUCAUUCUCGAUGAAGACUCUUUCCAUGUCUCCAGAAUAAUGCUUCAAAAUGAAAGUUUUCAGCAACAGCAGCAACAGCAACAACAACAACAACAGCAAGAACAUCAUAAACUAGGCGGAAGGUCUGCUUCUGGAUUGGAGGAACUCAUAAUGGGUUGCACUUCAACUGAUAUCAAAGAAGGGUCAUCCAUCACCAACCCACAAGAAGCAGAAUGGCUCAAGUACUCCUCAUUUUGGCCUGACCCUGACAACCAGGAUCAUCAUGGGUAGAAGAAAAAUUUUCAGACAAUAAAAUCCCUUACAGACAACAUCAUUAUCAUCUUUAUUAAUACUUUUAAGCCGCUGUCCAAGUUCUUCUCAGCAAGAGGCCAGCACAUAUUUUGCUCUAAUUUUCUUCGGGGGUGGGGGCCUGGAUCAAGUGUCAAGUCUCAACUGAACUAACUGUUCAACAGUCCAUGUUGGAAAGGAAGAAGAAAGGAAGGAAAGGAAAAGAAAAAGGAAGAAACAGAAGGAAAGGCUGCUCAAUUAGAAGGAGAAGGAACCAAAGACCCAAAGCAAAUCUUACACCAUCCUGGCCCGCAUGAAAAUCAUAACCAUUAUGAUUACAAUAUCAUCUUUAUGUCUAUUGUAAUAAAUUCUUAUUAUUUUAUUAUUUUAAGACGUUAAUUUGUAUAAUUUCUUUUUCUUUUCCCUGAAAAGAAAUAUCAAAUGAGUUUGUGCAAAUUGUAUUUAUAUAUGGUUAUAGGGUCACUUUUGUAGUAAAAAAAAAAAAGAGAGGAUAAAUAUGGCUUCAUGAUUUCCCUCUCUAGAAAUAAAAUUAUUGUGUUAUA